AUGGCAACAAUAGUGCAACAUGCCAUAAUGACCGAUGAGUUUGGCGAAACAGAGCCAAUUAUAAAACUUGAAACCGAUGAAAAUUGCCUUGACUUUGACGAUGAUGUUCAUGGAAAUCAAGCGAUUAUGGCUCUAGGUAUCAAUUCGACAAAUAAGAAUACUUUUGGCAAUAAUACUGAAAUAUUAGAUUGUAUUGUUUGCGGCGAUCGAGCUACAGGCAAACAUUACGGAGCAAUAUCAUGUGAUGGUUGUAAAGGUUUUUUUAGACGAAGCGUACGAAAAAAUCCUAUUUAUGAAUGUCGAAAUCAAAAUAACUGUACAAUUGACAAAGAUAAACGUAAUCAAUGUCGUCAUUGUCGAUGGAAAAAAUGUAUUAGAAUGGGCAUGAAAAGAGAUGCUGUACAAAAAGAAAGAGAUCGUCUUGGGCGCCAACGCAAUCAUAACUAUAAUUCUCGAAUGGGUACAACAAAACCUGCGACACGCCUACGCGGUGAUGUUGAUGAGGAUGAUGAUCUUAGUAUUAUGGCACUGUUACGAGCUGAACAAACAGCUAAAGAAUAUAUUGGUCGACAAAUUCAACUUGAUCGACAUCCAUCGAAUACAGAACGUGUUCAAGCUACAUUAGAAACAAUAGGUAUAUCGAUGAAUUAUCAACUUCGAAGUUUAAUUGAAUGGGCAAAAGAUUUAAAAGGCUUUAUUGAAUUAUCCGAUAAUGAUAAAAUUGCUCUCUUACGUGGCCAUACUGGAGAAAAUCUUGUUUUGGGUCUUGCGUGUCGUUCUUUAAACUGUGAUGAUUAUUUACUUUUGGGUAAUCACUAUGUUAUACCACGAAAUACAUCUGAUCCUGGUUUAACUCGUGCAGCCGGAAGAAUUCUCGAUGAAAUUGUCAAACCAUUAAAAGAAAUUCAAUUAGAUGAAAAAGAAUAUGCUUGCUUAAAAGCAAUCGUUUUCUUUGAUAAUGAUAAUAAAUCCCUAUCAGAUCCUAUGCGUGUGAAAGAAUUACGUAAACGUGUACAGGUAAAUCUUGAAAUAUAUAUAAAUCAACAGAAACCUUUAAUGCGUGGACGUUUCGGCGAAUUACUAUUAUUAUUGCCUCCAUUACAAAAUAUAGCUCGAUUAAUGGUUGAUCUAGUUGCACGUUAUAAUCAAGAUACAAAACAAGUUGAUGAUCUUAUUAAUGAAAUGCUUUUAAAUAGGUAUCGUGAUGAUUGCCAAGAGUCGGCCAAAACAACUACAUUUAAUUCAAUACCUAUGAAUACAACUAAUACAUUAUCACCAAAUAAAUCAAUUUCAAAAGAGAACGAUCUAGAUUCUAAUGGAUCAUCGCUUGACACCGAUCUAGAAGAUAAUACAUCUCAGUCUCAAGAUAGUCAUCAAUAUCCAGAUCCAUCACUAGCUACACCAGUACCAAAUUCAGUUUUGAUCACUUCACAAGCAAUGAAUCAUGAUGAUAUUCGUAAUGUUUCAUUCACUGAACCUGGUGAUUAUCUACCAAGUGAUCUAUCACAUUUUCAUCUUCAUACAAAUUCUAUUACUGAUCCAAAUUUAAAUCAUCACAAUGCAUCAUUAUUUAAUAAUACGGUUAAUAAUAAUAAUAUUAAUGAGCUUCAUCAUGAACAGAAUUUUUCGUAUUGCUCCGCUACAUCCAAUGAUCGAUUACUAGUUCGGAAACGUUCAAAAGCAAUAAAAACACCAUCGUCAUUAUUAUCAGCAUCUAAUGACCCUACUUAUGAUCCAAAUGGUGAUAUUAACUUUUUAUACGAUCUCACCACACCACCAACAGUAAAUCGACAAUCUCUAUUGUCACAAUAUACUCACAAUCCUAAUUAUUUCCAUACCGAUUGGAACGAACGACCAUUAUUACCGAUUACAUCAAUAUCCAGCGUAUUUGAUCAUACUAAACCUGAAAAUGGGCAACAAAAGCUCCUACCAUGA